GACGGAGGGGAGCGUAUGGGGGCUGGGCCUUGUGGCGGAGGAGUCGGCUUUCAGCUAGGAGAGGUGCACGGCACUCUGAAGCGGCUGUGAUGCUGAGAGAAGGGUGAAAUAAAAAAAAAAAAUUAAGAUAGGCGGUGGGAUCCCGGCUUGAGCUGCGCAGGAGGAUCUCUCUUUUUUUCUCCCCCACUCUUCUCCCAUCUUUUGCCGCAGAGCAAGAAGAGACAGGAGCAGCCUCCCAGCUGAUCCAAACGCGCUCACCUGGUGGAGACAGAGGCUUCAGCGGUGGAGUAACCUAACCUGCCGUUCUGUUUGGCCGGAUUAGACAAGUCGGUGGAAUUGGCAACCCCUUGUCGUUUUUCUUUUUUUUUUUGCCUUUGUUGUGGAUGUUAUGGAAACAACCCCAGAAAGCUCUCUCCAUUCAAUAUUUCGUCCUCGCAGACUGCCUCUCGUCUAAAGGGGGCGAUUGGAAAGCCGUUUGCAUACUAAUCAGGUUCCAACCAGAGAGCGCACAUCCAGAGCCGGACUUGAGUCCCAUGAAUGUAUAGCAGAAGCCAGCCAUGCCAAUAACAAGUAAAGGGUCUAGGCGUAGGGCUUGGUUCGGCAGACACUGUCUGCUUUCAAGCAUCUGCCUAAAGAAGCUCCUUGUUUAUCUCUUCGUUGUCCUAGUUCAGUCAACAGCUGUAUAUGGCACACUGGAACUCCAGCUGGAUGAAGGCCAGCCAGCAGGGACCAUUGUUGGUGACAUCAGCGCAGGGCUACCACCUGGCGAAACAGCGACUCUUUACUUUAUCUCUGACCAUGAGGGCACGGGCGUCGGCAGUGACCUCCACAUUGACGAGACCACUGGCAUCAUCACCACUGCGCGCCGCCUGGACCGGGAGGAGAGGGACCACUACAGUUUCAUCGCAGUGACAAUGACCGGCACCACGAUUCAGGUGUCCAUCACCGUUAACGACGUCAAUGAUCACGCGCCUGUGUUCCCCCAAAAAAAGGCUGUUCUGAAGAUCCCGGAGCACACGGCAGUGGGGACAAGGUUUUCCCUGGAUCCUGCCACCGAUGGCGACAAGGAUCAGCUGACUACCCAAGGCUAUACGAUUCGAGAGGGCAACGUUGGUCAGAUCUUCAGACUUGAGACCAAAAGGGGUGCCAAUAAGGUCCUUUAUCUGGACUUGGUGGUCGACGGACUGCUUGACAGAGAGAAGCGCUCAUCGUACAACCUGGUGAUAGAGGCCUUUGAUGGAGGCUCGCCAAGAAGGAUAGGAUCUUUGACCCUAGAAGUAACGGUGACGGACAUCAAUGACCAUGCACCUGUUUUUAAUCAGAGCAGAUACCACGCAAUCAUCUCUGAAAGUCUUCCCCAAGGGAGUAGCAUUUUACAGGUGUUCGCGACUGAUGAAGAUGAAGGUGAUAACGGCCUGGUCCUUUAUGAAAUCAACCGCCGGCAAAGUGAUCCCGACCAUUACUUUGUCAUUGAUCUAAAGUCAGGGGUCAUCACGCUCAAUAGACCGUUGGACUUUGAGCUAAAGAGAGUCCAUGAACUGGUGGUCCAGGCCAAAGAUAAUGCUAGCCAGCCUGAGGUUACCAAUGCAUUUGUGACAAUUCAUGUCCGUGACUUCAAUGACAACCAGCCAACCAUGACCAUCAUCUUCCUCAGCGAGGACGGCUCCCCAAGAAUCUCCGAAGGAGCCCAGCCAGGCCAGUACGUAGCACGGAUUUCCGUCACUGACCCAGACUACGGAGAGUAUGCUAAUGUCAACGUCUCCCUGGAGGGGGGCGAUGGGAAGUUUGCUCUCACAACCAAAGACAGCAUAAUUUACCUGAUAUAUGUGGACCAGAUCCUGGACAGAGAGGAGCGUGAUUCAUACGAUCUUAGGGUGAUGGCCACAGACUCAGGCACACCUCCCCUCAGGGCAGAGUCCUCUUUCACCAUCCAGGUGAUGGAUGUCAAUGACAACCCUCCACUUUUCGACCAGCAGGCCUACAGACAAACCAUUCCUGAGGUGGUCUAUCCAGGAUCCUUUGUUCUCCAGGUGACAGCCAGAGACAAGGAUCAAGGUCCCAACGGGGAUGUGCGCUACAGCCUGCUGAAGGGUAAAAACUCUCGCUCUGAUUGGUUUUCAAUCGAUCCGAUUACGGGGAUAAUCACCACGGCAACAGCUCUCGACUUUGAAUCAGAGCCAGCCCCCAGUGUGACAGUUGUUGCGACAGAUCGUGGUCGGCCGCCUCUGUCUUCCACAGUGAAGGUGAAUAUCGUGCUUCAGGAUGUUAACGAUAACACACCCGUGUUUUCCAAGAGUUUCUACAACGCUUCGAUCAAGGAAAACACCCCGGCUGGGACCUGCUUCUUAGAGGUGUCAGCCACAGACGGAGACCGAGGGUCUUUUGGGACCAUCGCCUACACCCUGGGCUCAGUCUCUGGAGGCACGCUUCCCUUUACCAUUAACAAGGAGACGGGCCAGCUAUGUACCAACACAGCCCUCGACAGGGAUGAGGGAUUGGACAAGUUUGAGCUAACUGUGACCGCAACAGAUGGAGGUGGUCUAAGCUCUGAGUCCCACGUGAAGGUCACUGUGGUGGACAUCAACGACAACCGGCCCACCUUCUACCCAGUUCUGUACAUGGUCAGUCUAAGUACCCACAGUGCCCCUGGAACCUCUGUGGUGAAGGUGACGGCCAACGACCCCGAUGCUGGAGAAAACGGCAGGGUGACCUACAAAAUGGUACCUGGAGGGGGCUCCCCUCUCUUCACCCUCAACAAAGACACAGGAGUGAUUUCUCUCUCCCGUUCCCUCCACGGCAAAGCCAACACGGUUAUUUCCUUGGAGGUAGCAGCCGAGGACGGCAGUGGCCUGAUGGCGCCGGUCAACGCCAGAGUGAACGUGAGCGUGGUGGGAGGCUCCGCGGCAUCUCCUGUUUUUGAACAGGCGCAGUAUUUCUUCACCGUGUCCGAAGACGUUCUCGGAGGGACGGCGGUGGGAGUGGUCCGUGCUGCGACAAAAGCAGGUGUUUCUAAGGGCAUCCUGUACUCCAUCUCUUCUGGAGACCCUAACGGCUAUUUCACAGUGGAAAGCACCUCUGGGACCAUUCGCACGGCUCUGCCGCUUGACCAUGAAUCCUGCUCCAGUCUCGACCUGGAGAUCCAGGCCCGCUCCGGUUCUCCUCCAGCCUACGCAAACAGCCGCGUUCACAUCACUAUUUCGGAUGUCAACGACAACGCCCCCACCUUCCUCCCCUCCUCCUCGGAGUCCCUCCUUUUGCCUGAAAUCACCAAAAUGGGAACGGUCAUCUACCGCAUUCAGGCCACAGACAAAGACUCCGGCCACAACGGCCAGCUCAGCUUCGACCUAAUCUCCGCCGGGGCCGCAGGGAGCAGCGGCCAGAGGACGUUCGGGAUCGACCGCGGCAGCGGGGAGGUGCGAUUGAUCGGAAGCCUCUCGUACGAGAGUGUCCCGCGCUACGAUCUUCAGGUGGUGGCGAAGGACGGCGGCGCGCCUCAGCUCAGCUCCACCUUCACUCUUGUGGUCCACAUCCAAGCGCAGGAUGCUCAAGGCCCCACCUUCGACACGCUCACCUACAGAGUGGAGCUACGGGAGAACGCGCCUCUCAACACGCGCUUCCUGCAGGUUCGAGCUCUCAACAGAGAGGCUACGGGAAAUUCUGGAGGCUCUCAGUCUUCGUCCUCCUCUGUCUCCUACCGCCUGAGGCCCGACGGGGACGCGGCAGGAUUUGGCAUCAUGCCAGACACUGGGUGGCUGUUUGUUCGGAGCUCGCUGGACAGAGAGGUCAAAGACAUGUACCUGUUGACCGUCCUCGCUACCUCAGGCCCAGGUGGAGCGGGCAGGACCGGCAGCGCCACUGUCAGGGUGACUGUAACCGACAAGAAUGACAAUUCCCCGCGGCUGAGCCAGGAGAGGGUGUUCCUGGCUGUGCGAGAGAACCUACUGGCAGGGACCGGCUUUGGGAGAGUGUCUGCGACUGACAGAGACGCAGGACUAAAUGCCCGACUCACAUACAGGCUGCUCCACUCAGACAGGCACUUCCAGAUCAACUCGCAAACAGGGGAGAUCAGCACCCGCCUCGCCCUAGACAGAGAGCAGCAGUCGAGCUAUCAGCUUGUCGUGGUCGUGCAGGAUGGGGGCACCCCUCCUCGCAGUACCACAGGCACCGUUCACAUCACCGUGAUGGAUGAAAACGACAACGCCCCCGACUUCACUCAUGCAAGGCCGGAAAAGGAGCUGGUACUUCAGGUGACUGAGGGGCUUCCAUCUGGGACGGUGGUGGCGACUCUGUCAGCCAAAGACCCCGACGAGGGGGAGAAUGGGAACCUGCACUACUCUUUAUCAGGUCCCAGAGCCGAGCGGUUCUCCUUGAACCCCACCAGUGGCGAGCUGAGGACCGCUUCACCUCUGCGAUGGGCUGACCGAGCCGAGUACGGGUUUACCGUGACCGCCGCUGACCACGGCACUCCGGGCCUCAGCUCAACCUGCCAAAUCCGAAUACAAGUUCUCAGCAACUCCAGGUCGUCCCCAACGGCCAAUGUCCUUUCUAUGACCCUCAACGCGGUUGAAGGUACUGCUCCUGGCUCCAUUAUUGGCUCACUGCGCCCAUCUGACCACCAGGAUACUGCUGUGCAGGAAGGCCAAGUGACCUACCUGGUGGUGGGAGGGACCGACCGGGACGGGACUUUCAUGGUGGACCGUCUGGAGGGCAACGUGUACCUGGUGCGCGAGCUGGACUACGAGAAGGGGUCAAGAUACACUCUGCACAUUGAGGUGUCUGAUUUCUCUCAGGCGUUUCCCAGCAGCCAUCUGGUCAAGCUGGACAUCGAUGUGCAGGAUAGCAAUGACCAUGCUCCUGAGUUUUCAGAAGACCCGGUGACAAUUGUGAUCCCAGAAAACAUAGAGCCGGAGGCUUCUAUAUAUACAUUCCAGGCUGUAGAUAAGGACGGCAGUGGGCCCAACAGUGAGCUGCGUUACUCCCUUGAGCAUCUCUGGCCUGACUCUCCUGACCCCCUGGUCCUUGACCCUGUAACCGGUGUCCUUACCUUGGGGCAGAAGUUAGACCGCGAGUCUACGCCCUCCCUCUAUCUUGUGGUGCGAGCCACGGACCAAGCAGUGCAACCCUCUCAGAGGCGCUGGGGCUCGGUCACCGCUCAGCUGUUUGUGACGGAUGAAAAUGACAACGCUCCGACUUUUAGCUCUCCGUCUGCAGUCAGUGUCAUGGAGGAUCAGCCUGUUGGGUUUGUGAUUUUGUACGUGGUGGCACGCGAUAAAGACGAAGGAGAAAACGGCAGAGUGUCCUACAGAAUCCAAGCAGGCGACAGCGCCGGUCGUUUCACUUUGAAUCCUAACACAGGCUCUCUCUCCAUCCUUAAAGCUCUGGACCGGGAAGAGCAGGAGGUCUUCAAUCUAACAAUCGUGGCGGAGGAUCAUGGAACACCACAGCUCUCCACCUCCCAGCUGUUGUGUGUGCAGGUGAUCGACGUGAACGACGAAGCUCCCGUGUUCCAGCAGGCAGAGUUCGAGGCCCAAGUGAUGGAAAAUCGAGGACCAGGAGCAACGGUGUUCACUAUAACGGCCACAGACCGAGAUCAAGGUUCUAAUGGUCACAUAACCUAUGGAGGUGUGACAGAGGAGGGUUUUGUCAUCAAUCCUUCGACUGGAGUCAUCACCACCACAAAGGAACUUGACACAGAAUCUCAGGAUCAUUACACACUCACUGUGUAUGCCAGGGAUGGAGGGUUGCCUCCAAAUUUUGCCAAGGCUGUGGUCCAUGUGGAGGUCCAAGAUGUGAACGAUAACGUUCCCGUCUUUGCAAAGUUGUCCUAUGAACUCGAGGUACCAGAAAACCAGGCGCCUGUGGAGCUUUGCUUCAUCAAGGCCACGGAUCCAGACUCGGGUCCUGGUGGAGAGCUAGAGUACAGAAUUGUCGCCGGUGACCACGAUGGAGCUUUCCAACUCCACCCCAACACGGGAGCUCUGUCCACCUCCCGUGGACUUGACAGGGAAACAAAAUCGGGAUAUAUCUUGGAGGUGGUGGCCAUGGACCGAGGGAGCCCCCCUCUCUCCGCUACUGUCAAAGUUGAGGUCAAAGUGCUGGACGUCAACGACAACAGCCCUGUGUUUAAAAAGAACAGCUACACCGUGGAGGUCUCGGAGGAUGCUGCCGAGGGUUUUCAAGUUCUUCAGGUGUCAGCAACAGAUGCUGAUGAUGACCUCAACGGGAAGGUGUUGUAUUUUCUCAGCCGGGAGGCACACGGAGCGUUCGCCGUCGACGAGGAGACCGGCCGCGUCACCACGUCGGCACCUCUCGAUCGGGAAAAAUUUGCGACGUACAGCUUCCAGGUGUUUGCUGUUGACCUUUCGCCUGCUGCGCCCAGGAACUCCUCCGCUCAGGUGACGGUCACCGUCCUUGACGUCAACGAUAACGCUCCGUUCUUCACACAAGACCCGUUGGUCAUUGAAGUGUCCAGCAGGCGUUCGCAGCGCGUUCUAGCCACGAUGAAGGCCGAGGAUAAGGACUUCGGUGCCAACGGCUCCGUGUUUUAUCGCUUUGCCACAUCUGUGAGGGGCUUCAGCAUCAACUCGCUCACUGGGGAGAUCCAGGCCACCGAACCCCUGAGAGAUCUGACCCAGGCUCAGAGGACCCUGAUAGUGGAAGCCAUGGAUCAAGGCAGCCCAGCUCAGUCCGCACAAGGAGUGGUGGUGAUUUAUGUGAAGGAAGUGGAGUACAAUGGCAUUCGGUUCUCCAGGAAUGCUCGAGAUGUCAGCUUACAGGAAAAUGCCAUGAAAGGCACAGCAGUGGCUCAGGCUCAGGCCCAGUAUCCAGACGGCACACGUAAAGGGAUCAGCUAUAGUCUCUUUAGUGGAAACAAAAAGCAGGCUUUCGGUAUCAGCUCCUCAACAGGUGAAAUCUGGGUGCAGAGCUCCCAGGGACUAGACUUUGAGGACACCCCCAGACUCCGUCUUGUUGUGAAAGCUGAAACUGUGUCCUCCACAUCAUUCAUGGCAAUUAAUUUAGUCCUUCAGGAUGUCAAUGACAACCUUCCACGCUUCCAGCUGCAGAACUAUUUCGCCUACAUGAAAGAAGCACAAGGCUAUGAAACGCCAAUUAUACAGGUGCUGGCGGAGGAUGUGGAUCAAGGCCAAAAUGGUCAGGUAACAUACUCCAUCCAAUCGUCAGGCAUGAGCGGCCUGUUUAAGAUCGACCCGAUGACAGGAAGCAUCACCACAGCUGCCAUCAUGGACCGGGAGAUCUUCACAAAAACUAAGCUUGUAGUUACUGCGACAGACAGAGGAAGUCCACGACUGGCCGGUUUAGCCACACUGACAGUGAUAAUUGUUGACCAAAAUGACAACAGUCCUACCAUUCCUUUACCCCAGGAGGUUCGCAUCCCAGAAAAUACAUUAAUCGGCACAGAGAUCACUCUUGUGACGGGCAACGACGUCGACUCCGGUCCCGCCCUCUCCUACUCCUUGCAGCUGGACCCAACAGCUGCAGGCAAAUUUGGGAUUCAUCGUUACAGUGGGGGCGUGUCAAUCACUGGACCCCUGGACUUCGAGGAGAAGACAUGGUACACCCUGACUGUCAGAGCCACGGACAGCCAGCACCAAACUGAGGCCAACAUUACGAUAGUGGUGGAGGAUAUAAACGACAACGCACCUGCAUUCACCCAUGAUCUCUAUCAGAUUAUCCUGCCUGAACACACGCCACCAGGAAGUGCCGUUAUCACUGUAACAGCUACUGACAGGGACUCUGGAGAUAAUGGAAAAAUCACCUACAAAGUGAUAUCGUCCACUCAGGAGGGUUUCUAUAUUAACCCCAGCAACGGAACCUUGUUCAUCAACCACCGAGCUGAGUUUGACCCUGAACGCCCAGCAGUCGACGUCGUCAUUGAAGCCCGUGACGGAGGCUCGCCCCCGCUCUCCACCCUUACUACAGUCCAGGUUCACAUCUCUGACGUCAACGACAACGCUCCAGUGUUUCACCAGUCAGAAUACAGGGCUACAGUUUCUGAAGACACCACCCCAGGGUCAACAAUUCUGACCUUUGAGGCCUUUGACAGUGACCUGUCACGAGAAAACUGCGGCUUUGACUUUGCCAUCGCCAGUGGAAAUGACGGAAAUGCAUUUCAGAUCGAGAGUAGCGUGCGUUUCCUGGAAGGGCGGGGCUUUCAGACAGUAGGAACUCUGCUCCUGGCCGAGAGGCUUGACUUUGAAACCAAGCCGUUUUACAACCUCACUGUGGUGGUGUCAGACCGAGGUGUCCCCCAAAGGAGCUCCAGUGUCGCCGCGGUGAUAACCAUCGCUGAUGUCAAUGAUAACCCUCCGGUGUUCACUAGAGCAGAAUAUACUGUGUCACUCAAUGAGGGAGCCGCCUCUGGGACUGAGAUUAUACGACUGACUGCAACAGACCCAGACUCUACUCCCAAUGCUGAAGUCCAAUAUACCAUCAUCUCUGGAGAUGAGGUGAACUUAUUUUCCAUUGAUCAGUGGACCGGAGCCUUGAAGCUUGCGCAAACGCUUGACCGGGAACACCAGUCUACACACAUUUUCAUCGUUCAAGCCACAGAUGGCCACGGCCAUUUUGCUCUAGCUCCGAUCACUGUUGAAGUGAAGGAUGUAAACGACAACCAUCCAUUCUUCCCCGUGGAGGUGCUGACAGCCAGCAUCCGGGAAAACCAGCCAGCAAACUCGGCCGUGACUGUUCUCCAUGCAAUAGACCACGACACUGGGGUUUUUGGUCAAUUGAAGUACUACAUGGUGGAGAGGUCAGGAAAAGGAAAAGACAGCUUUGUUGUGGACCAAAGUUCAGGGGAAAUCAGAAGUAAGAUGGCAUUUGACUAUGAGAAGGUCAACUCCUUCAAUUUUGAAGCCUUGGCUGUGGAUUCAGGCAACCAUUCAGCCACUGUAACAGUACAGGUGUUUGUCACAGGUGAGGAUGAGUACGACCCACAGUUCACUUCCCCCAAAUUUUCCUUUGAAGUGCCAGAGGGAGCCAAGAAAGGCCAGAGCAUCGGCCACAUUCAAGCACAGGAUGAGGAUGGAGGAGUGGAUGGAGUUGUUCUUUACUCCCUAACUUCCAACUCACCGUUUUUUGAAGUAAAUAAAACUACUGGUGUGAUUUUCCUCAAGUUGGACAGUUCCGGCAGCAGCAGCAGUGGGUCAGGCCAAGCUAAACGGGAAACCAGGGUUAUUACCGUGGACGUGAAAGCUCAUAGUCCACUUGACACCUCUCGCUCUGCAACUGCCCAGAUCUCCAUUGAUGUCACCAAUACCAACUUUGGCUUGGCUGCUGAUGUAGACUUACUGCUUAUUAUUAUAAUUGCUGUGUCUCUGGGAGUUAUCAUAUUAAUAGUCGUUUUGGCUGUGGUGAUUUUCCUUGUCAAGUCGCGCAGAAGGAAAAAAGCUCAAGAUACGGGAAACAGGACUCUUGCGUCAGGAACUGCCUUAAAUAAAUUGGAUGAAUGCACCUCAGGACCUGGAGGAGACACUAUUUACCACCAGACUUUGCCAGGUUAUGCUGCUGAUCAGGGAGGAGCUGGUGGUGGUCCCUACCCCAGAGGCGGCUCUUUGGAUCCCUCCCACUCCAGUGGUAGAGGAUCAGCUGAGGCGGCAGAGGAUGAUGAGAUCCGGAUGAUUAACGAGUACCCUCGCGUUGCCUCCAUUACCUCGUCCAUGCAGGAACACAUCUCGGCCAGAGGACCAGAUUCUGGUAUUCAGCAGGAUGCGGACCAGCUUUCUGACAUUUCUUGUGAACCUGCUGCUUUGGAGGGCAGCACUUGGUUUAAAGGAAAGAAACUAGGAGGCAGUCUGAGUGGGACCUUGCUUUCUGGCCAGCUCCCUGUCUACAGGGAUGAAGGAGGGGGUUACCUAGGAGUCGGCCGUGGUCUGAACAUUUCCCUCCCCAAGGAUUAUGCAUUUCCUGAGGACGGCAAACCUUCAGUGGAUGGGUCGCUCACCGCUAUUGUUGCGAGUGACGAGGAGCUUCGUGGAAGCUAUAACUGGGAUUACCUGCUCAACUGGUGCCCCCAGUUCCAACCUCUUGCCAAUGUCUUCACUGAGAUUGCCCGGCUAAAAGAUGAGACCACACCGCAGAAUCAGAAUCCUCGCCAGCCCUUUCAACCCAAGCCCAAAAUGGAUCCCAAACCUAGAAUUGACCCACCGCCUCUCAUCACGUCAGUGGCUCACCCAGGGGCUAUGUCAGUACCCCCAAAAGUCCCUGUGAUUGGGCGGACAUUCCCCCACUUGUCUUCUCUCCGAAGGUCUCCCAUUAGUCACGAAGGAUCAAUUUCCUCAGCGGCGAUGUCACCAAGCUUCUCUCCGUCUCUGUCGCCUUUGGCCGCUCGGUCACCAGCUGUUUCUCCAUUUGGAGUCAACCAAGGGCCCUCCGCAUCAAUGAUCAGCACCAGAGAGCCCUCGCUUGAGCAAAGUCCUGAUCAUGAGAUGAGAAUAUGAUCGGCGCUAUUUGAAGAGGGAUUUCUUAAGACAGACAACAUGAACACCACAUACAGUCCCUCGAGAUGUUCUUUUGAACGUCGCUUGUAUUUUUCAGAAAUCACUGAUUUCGUCAUAAGAACAAAGGUUUUUACAAACAUGCUGAUCGACGAUUUAUUUCAAAAGUCUCCUUUUGGACAACUUUGAACUUCAUAUUUCCCUGGUGUAAUAUUUGGGUUCAUUCUUCAGAUGCCUGGCUAUGUUGCAGGAACACACAGAACCGAAAACAUGCCUGGUUUGGACAAGACCAGCCAAAAUCUUUUAUUUUUAAAGUGACGCAGGUCUCCACGAACUGAUAAGGGGCAAGAUUCGAGCAUUUCCACUCACAAGCCCCUCAAGUCAGAGAUCUCUUAGUGUGUAGAUAGAUACAUGUGUUGUUUUCAUGUUUACCUCACUGGCUGGCCAGAGAGCUAAGGACCCUCUCUUUGUGUCAAUGGACCUUUUUUUUUACACGACAGUAUUAAACUUUGUGUUGUGGGUGCUUUUUAAAACGGUUGUCUGGAUAUGAGCAGACAAACAGUGACGGACCUGCCAAGGCAUCACAUAGUGGACCGCAAUGGAGAUUCACUUCAGUUUAAACAACACUUGUUUUGAUUUUAUUUUUGUAUUUUUCUAUAAAUAUAUGAUUUCAGGUCUAUUAUUCCACAUUGAGAGGUUAUUGGUUUUUUUGUGUGUAUUUGCAUGUAUGUACAUUUGUAUGUAUCUCUUACAUUUGUAGAGACAACUGUGUGAGAGUGGGAGAUGUUUUUGUAGAACUAUUUAUAUGAAAAGAAGGAGUUUCUGCCACAAUUUGACAACGGGGGAAACAAGCACAGCUCAGUUGGACCUGCUUUUGACCUGGAGUUAAUUUAAGGUUUCUUUUUUUAUUUUUUUUAUUUUAGAUCAAUGUAUUGAUCAUCCCAAAUCCAAAACAGCAUGUGAAUGAAGAUACAGUAUAUCAUCAAUACACUUAGCACAGAAAGUAAGGACCUUUGCAGAGAAGCAUUGUUGUUUUAACAACGCUUUUCAGGGAAUGCAUCUUCCAGUGUUUAAAAGCGUGUUUAUUUCCCCUUAAAGGGUGGCACAUUUAUAAGAAAAAUGCAUGGUUGAGUUGAGUAGCAAAGUUGCGUAUGUGGGUUACACCCACAUGAAAAGCUUUCUAUAUCCUCUGUCAAAAAUGUUCAGUAGGAGUCAGUGUAAUGGUUUGGGGUCGCAUCUUGCUCACUAGAAAGAAGCUUGUCAUCAUUGGAGGUACUCUCAAUGCAAAUAGAGUUAAAGAUUAGUUUUAGAAACCACUGGUAAUCCCGUACAGAGUUUACCCAUAGGUAUUAAACUCUAUCCCAAAACUUCUCAGUGCUCACCUGCACAAAGCAGAGUUUAUCAGAGAUUACCUCCAGAAUUUGGGAGUGGUGAGGAUGGAAUGGGCUGCAUUCGGUCCUAACCUCAACCCCCACUGAACGAUUAUGAGAUUAGCUUGUGUGUGAUGUUCAUGCCAGGGGGAUCAACACUGGCUGACUAACAGCAAUUUCCAUAGAGAAGUCACACAUUGCUGAUGCGAUGUCAUCCGACACCAGUGUGUGAUCAUACGUUUGACCAUUUCAGGGAGGAUGUUGUGGGUUUGUACAGGUUUGCUAUACAGUACUGAGGCAUUAUAUCAAUUUUCUUCAAACGGGAGACGAUUGCAGAAAAAGCUGUUUGGCAUUGGCAGAAAGUAUUCCCCAACUGUGCUGCUCUACCCACAAAUGCAUUUGUUCUAGUCAAUAUGGUACCUAUUAAGAAAUAAACAGGCUAUUAAACACUAUAGCAUUUAUUCCCAGCAUUGUUACAAGAAAGAAAAAAAUGAUCUAACACAUGUCCUUAUUUUUUGUGCUAAGCAUAUUAAUCUAAGCUUCUCCAGUUAUUGUACUAUGUUGUGGUGUGUGCUUAUAUGCACAAUGGCACAUUCCCAUUGUCAUUCAGGGAAAUCUGAAUUUGCUGAUCACCUAUGUGUCUUUGACAAAAAGUGCUUCCUAAACUAUAGUUACAUCAUGAAGUUAAAGGCAUUGAACUGCGACGGUCUUCAUCUCAGUUUAACGGAAACAACACACCAUGUAAAAGUUGAGUUUCUUAACCGAAAGUGUAACAAAAAGAGUUUUUCAUCGACAGAAAGAUUCUUGUUUUUGAGCAGGAACUAAAGCUGUUUUUUUUCUAAAAGUUCCCAUUAAAGAAGAAAGAAAAAAAAA